AUGUGAUUAUAAAAAGCCAGUCUACAUCCGAGAGCUGUUUACUUGCUGGUGUUCCCAUCUAUCAGUGGGCUCCAGCAGGAAGAUUGCCUCUCCUCUCUCUCCUCCAAGGUAAACCCAGGAGCUGUGAAGUUCUUGGGGACUGAGCCUUCAAUCUGCGCGACUUGACAGUAUAGUGUCAGAAUUGAACUGGAGGACAGAGCUGCUCAGCUCCAAAAAAGCUCCAGGGACCGUCUCCACCUCUUGCCCAACCUGCCUGCGCGCGGCGCCACCAUGCGGCACAAGGUGGUAUCGCUCUUCUUGUGCUACCUGCUACUCUUCACCUGCGUCAGGGUGGAAGCAGGGGAAAGAAAAGAUUCAGAAGACAGUGACUCGGAGUUCUGGAGAGCCAUGACCUUCAUGGCUGUCGGAGGAGGGCUCGCCGUCGCGGGGCUGCCUGCCCUGGGCUUUGCCGGCGCCGGCAUCGCGGCCAAAUCUGUGGCUGCGUCGCUGAUGAGCUGGUCUGCAAUCCUGAAUGGGGGCGGCGUGCCCGCUGGGGGCCUGGUGGCCACGCUGCAGAGCCUCGGGGCUGGUGGCAGCAGUGUCCUCAUGGGAAAUAUUGGUGCCCUUCUGGGCUACACUGCCCAUAAGGUCACAGAAAGGGAGAAAGAAGAUGAGGAAUAAACAGCAGCUCCCAGGAACUGUCUUCUUCUUCCUUGGCCCCCCUUCCAGUGAGAAUCCAACACUUUCUCUGUCACUCUCCCCUAAUGACCUAAAUGGGAAAACAGAAUACAUUUCUCUCAGAAAACACUCUGUCCUUUAACCUUACAAAACCAAACUAUGUAUCCUAAUCGUUAUGUACCUCCAUAUUAAUCUGAAAAAAGAUAAAAGAAAA